GUUUUGAAAUAAAAAACUCUUGAAAAGCUCAAAUAAAACGUCCUUUUUCCAUUAAACGACGAUGGCAUUAUUCUAUACCAAAAUCUUUUCAUCAUGUUUGUUCUUAAAACUUUGUAUUCUUAUAUCUUACGUGAAUAUAAUUAAUUGUAAUGUAUUGGUCGAGAUUGCAAAGCGCAAUACUCCAUGUUCAAAUGAAACUAUCAAUUAUUUCAUUGAAUUUGUUCGUGAAAAAUAUGGUUUCGAUAUGAUUGACGUUCGUUGCUACCCACAUCUCGAAAAUUAUCCACAAAUUCCUGGUGACCAAUACGAUAUCCAAAUUUUAUACAGUGAUGAAUUUAGUUCGGGCCAUUAUACAGUCGUUUUUUAUGAUCCCAACUAUCAAACUGUUUAUAUUUAUGACAGUAGAAUUACUGUGAUGGAAUAUGAAGUAACUGGACAACGUUUAUCAAUCAUUGAAAAACGCUAUCCAAUGGCAAAAAUAGUACCUGUCAUACCAAAGGUCGAACAAUACGAUGAAAUAUCCAGCGGGCUAUUUGCUAUUGCAUACGCAACAACAUUGAUCUUGGGAGAAAGUCCAGCAAAUUAUAUUUAUGAAAUGAAUCCAAGACACUCUGAUAAAGCAAUUAAUUUGCGUAAACAUAUUAUCAAAAUGUUUCGAACAAAAGAAUUAUCCGAAUUUCCACGAUGUUCUCGUCUGGAUAUUGAUUAUAUUUCUGGACCUCUAACCGAUCUCAAUCACAACGUAUUGGAGGAGCUCACGACACCAAAUUACUGCUUGUCUGGUUUUACGGUUAAUCUGUUUAGUAAUUUAGUUGAGGCGACAACCGAUUUUAAUUUGCUUCCAGUUAAUUUUAUUCACUAUCCCGAACUAUGUCCCAUUCAUGAUGAGACAAAAAAUGACGUACAAAUUUUAUUCCAGUUACACGAUGGUGUAGGGCACGUACAUACCAUAUUUUAUAAUGCUGCAAAUAAAACGGUGAUUGUCUAUGACUAUGAAACUGUUGACAUGAGUGUGGGUAUGCAUGUUAUAAAUAGACGCUAUCCAAACCAUGAACAUAUUACGUUUGUUGAUCGAAAAACAAAACAAGUUGAUGAAACCUCAUGUGGACCGUUUGCUAUUGCGUAUGCAACCACAUUGAUCAUGGGCCAUGAUCCCGAAAUUUAUGACCUUAAAACGUAUUCAAAACCUAACGAAUUAUUCGAUCAUUCGGCCACUUUUCGAAAACAUAUUUUAAAAAUGUUUCGAGCAAAUAAAUUAUUGCCGUUUCCACAGUAACAUGGGAUUUACGUUCGUUAGGGCCAUUUUAACGAUAAAUAAUUUUAGUUUGGAUAAAUUGACCAACAUUUUCAACCGAAUUUUUUUUAAAACAAAAAGCUUUCAUUGUAAUAGGGUUUUUAAAAUGAAUAUUCAUAUAAUAAAAAAUAGCUAAUACAGUGAAAA